AUGUCGUCGCGACCGGAACUGAAGGUGGACGAUGAGGGGGGGUUCAUACGGUUCUUCCGGUCCCUUCCCGCUAAGGAUGACUCCUCCACAGUCCGUGUCUUUGACCGGGGUGAUUUCUACACCGCUCAUGGUCCUGAUGCGGAGUACAUUGCCCGGACCGUGUACAAGACUACCUCCGUCCUCAAAUCACUAGGACGCAGUGAUUCAGGAGGUCUCCCAUCUGUAACCAUGACAGUGACUGUAUUUCGAAACUUCCUUCGCGAAGCUCUUUUCCGAUUGAGUAUGAGAGUGGAGAUAUGGGUGUCACAGGGUGGGGGGAAAGCAAAUUGGACGCUGGCAAAACAAGCCAGCCCGGGCAAUCUGCAGGAUGUGGAGGAGGACUUGGGAGCUAGCGGUGCAGCCAUGGAUUCUUCACCUAUUAUUCUUGCAGUUAAAAUAUCCGCUAAGGCAUCGGAGGCUAGAUAUGUUGGAGUCUGUUUUGCCGAUGCCACUGUCAGGGAACUUGGUGUGAGUGAGUUUGUGGAUAACGAUCUUUACUCCAACUUUGAGUCCCUGGUUAUUCAACUAGGGGUCAAGGAGUGUCUGGUUAUGGCGGAGACCCAGAAGAAGGAUGUGGAACUGGGGAAAAUCCGGUCUAUUCUUGACAGUUGUGGAAUCGCAAUUUCGCAGCGGCCCAUAGCUGAUUUCGGGACGAAGGAUAUUGAGCAGGAUCUUGCGAGGUUGUUGAGGGAUGAGAUGGCUCCUGGCAUAUUACCCCAGACAGAUUUGAAAUUAGCAAUGGGCUCUGCUGCAGCUUUGAUCAAGUAUCUUGGUGCUAUGUCGGAUGCAUCAAAUUUCGGUCAAUAUCAACUAUAUCAGCAUGACUUAUCGCAGUACAUGAAACUAGAUGCAUCGGCUCUCAGAGCGUUAAACCUGAUGCCUGGUCCACGCGAUGGCGCGAAGAAUAUGAGUCUGUACGGGUUGUUGAAUCACUGCAAGACUCCAGUGGGAAGCCGAUUAUUAGCGCAGUGGUUGAAACAACCACUGAUGAACCACGCCGACAUCGAGAAGCGUCAGCAGUUGGUAGAAGCCUUUGUGGUAGACACUGGGCUCAGACAGACUAUGCAAGAAGAUCAACUACGGUCUAUCCCUGAUCUUUACCGUUUAGCGAAACGAUUCCUGCGCAAAAUGGCCAACCUGGAGGAUGUGGUGAGAGUAUAUCAAGUUGUAAUCAGGUUGCCCGGAUUCAUCAACACCCUCGAGGCCGUUAUUGAUGAGCAAUACCAAGAGCCUCUUGAGACAGAGUAUACAUCCAAACUGCGCAGUCUCUCUGAUAACUUCAGCAAGCUGGCGGAGAUGGUUGAAACUACGGUCGACUUGGACGCGUUGGAUAAUCACGAGUUCAUUAUUAAGCCUGAAUUCGACGACAGCCUCCGUAUCAUCAGAGAGAAGCUCGACAAACUGAAGCACGACAUGGACGUCGAACACAGGAUGGUAGGAAAGGACUUGAAUCAAGACACGGACAAAAAGCUCUUUCUCGAAAACCAUCGAGUUCAUGGUUGGUGUUUCCGGUUGACACGAAAUGAAGCGGGUUGCAUUCGCAAUAAACGAGAAUACCAAGAGUGCUCGACCCAGAAGAACGGAGUAUACUUCACAACGUCGACAAUGCAGUCGCUCAGACGAGAACAUGACCAGCUAUCUUCAAACUAUAACCGAACACAAGCCGGUUUAGUUCAGGAGGUGGUAAACGUCGCAGCCUCCUACUGCCCAUUGCUAGAGCAACUAGCAAGCGUUCUAGCACAUUUAGAUGUCAUCGUCAGUUUUGCCCACGUAUCUGUUCAUGCUCCCUCUGCAUACGUUCGACCCAAGAUUCAUCCCCGAGGAACGGGACAUACGAUUUUAAAGGAAGCUCGUCAUCCCUGUAUGGAGAUGCAGGACGACAUCUCCUUCAUCACAAACGAUGUCUCACUACUCCGCAAUGAGUCCUCAUUCCUCAUCAUAACCGGCCCCAACAUGGGCGGGAAGUCCACAUACAUCCGCCAAAUCGGUGUUAUCGCUCUCAUGGCACAAACGGGUUGCUUCGUACCAUGUUCUGAGGCCGAACUCACCAUUUUUGAUUCUAUCCUUGCUCGUGUGGGAGCUAGUGAUUCGCAACUCAAAGGGGUUUCGACAUUCAUGGCAGAAAUGCUUGAAACCGCCAAUAUUUUAAAAUCAGCGACAUCGGAGUCCUUGAUUAUAAUCGAUGAGCUGGGUCGAGGAACAAGCACAUAUGAUGGCUUUGGUCUUGCCUGGGCGAUAUCGGAACAUAUUAUCACAGAAAUCAGAUGUUUCGCGUUAUUUGCUACCCAUUUCCACGAACUAACGGCUCUGCAAGAUCGUUAUCCCAAAUCGGUGAAGAAUCUUCAUGUCGUGGCGUUUAUUAGUGAUGGGAAAGACGCGAAACGAAAUGAGAGUGCGGACAGAAAGAAGCGAGAGGUUACUCUGUUAUACCGGGUUGAGCCAGGUGUCUGUGAUCAGUCCUUUGGCAUCCAUGUGGCAGAACUCGUCCGUUUCCCUGAGAAAGUAGUGAAUAUGGCACGGCAAAAGGCAGAGGAGCUGGAAGAUUUCACCUCCACCGCAGCCGAUAACCAGCAACAGGCUGCCUCUCUAGAUGAGUACUCCACCGAGGAAGUUGCAGAAGGGAGUGCCUUGCUUAAAGCCAUGCUCUUGAAAUGGAAAGCUGAGAUAGAAGCCCCGGGCAAUGAAAACCUCACCUUGGAGGAAAAGAAGAAGAAGAUGCGGGAUAUGGUAGAAGCCGACGAAAAACUCCGAGAUAACAAGGUAUUUCAGGGCAUAAAGGCUCUAUGA